AUGCCAGCGGUUUCGGCUCCUAAGUUAGCAUUUGGCAGUACCCAGGAUAGGAAACUUUUCCCAGUCCAUUACGCUCCAGACCGACUGGGAAACGAGCUUUCACGACAGACAGAACCACAUCUCGGCCCAGGCUGCCAUGACAACCAUGAAUUUGGCACCAUUAUUUACAACUUAGAGAAGACCCCUGGGAGCAAGAGAGGAUAUGGCCUCUCCGCUAGGACAGCGGUUCGAUUUCCAUUGUGUAACAAGGCAGGUUGCAUCAAAUUCUUUUCCAGUGAUUGA